CGUGGUUACAGGGGGGUGGGCGUCUUUGAUGGGCGUAGUAUAACUCGGCUCAUGUACAAAUCUUUCUUAGUACAGUGGUGAUCAUCAGACCCUGCUGAGAGUUUUGCGUGUGCUGCACUCGUAAAUAUUUUUGAAGAAAACUAUCGGAAUCCCGUGAAGAAAACCAGCUUACAAAAGAUGCCAGGAGAAAGACUGUCAAUCCGAGAUAACGCCGCUGUGGGCCGUUUCCACGGUGCCUCUGAAAGCAACGGUCGUGCCGUCCCUGAAAGACACACCGAGGCCAAAGUGAAGAAAGAGGAGAGCGGAUGUCGCCGUUGGUUACGGAGGGCUUGUCCAUGCUGCGUCCGACAACAGAGCAUCUCAGAAGAUUUUACCAAAGAAGAGAAUGGUGGGGAUGGAGAAGAAGAAGGGCCGGUAUCUCCAGUGCUUCCCAGCAUUGGUACAGAGCUAGACGUGUUAUCUCUAGCAGUGCGUUCUGUGGAUCUGCUCAGCCGGAAAUCUGAUCGGAACAGGAAGGAGCAUCGCACGGAUCAAUACUACGGUGACCAGCUCAUCAUCCGCAGAGGACAGACAUUCCAAAUAGAGCUUGACCUCUCACGACCUUUCAACCCAAACACAGAUAAACUUCACCUGGAACUGAAGAUAGGGCCGCUCCCGCUGGUGUCAAAGGGCACGCACAUCAUCAUACCGCUGGUGGACGAACUCCAGGAUGAGCGCUGGGAGGCCAAGAUCGUGGAGCAGAACAUGAACCGAGCCAAGCUGUCCAUCAACUCCUCCGUCACUGCCAUCAUCGGAAAGUACAAGCUGACCGUCGUAACGCAAUGUCUGAAGACGGGCGAAACUACCACGCAUGACCCUGACAAAGACAUUUACAUGCUCUUCAACCCCUGGUGUGAAGAGGACACGGUGUACAUGGAGGGUGAGAAAGAGCUGAAGGAGUACGUCUUAAAUGAUACUGGAAGAAUCUACUACGGCACUGAGAAGCAGAUUGGAGCUCGGACGUGGAACUUCGGCCAGUUUGAUGAAGGAAUUCUGGAGGCCUGUCUGUUUGUGCUGGAUAAUAGUGAGGUUCCUCCCUCAGGUAGAGGAAAUCCUGUCAGUGUGGUCCGAGUCAUUUCUGCCAUGAUCAAUGCUCCAGAUGACCUUGGUGUUCUGGAGGGAAACUGGUCUGGGAAUUACGCGGGUGGAACGUCUCCCACGGCCUGGAGUGGCAGUGUGGAAAUCCUCAGGCAAUACCACAAAGAAGGAGGAAAACCCGUCAAAUACGGGCAGUGCUGGGUGUUUUCUGGGAUCACGACCACAGUACUGAGAUGUCUAGGUAUUCCUGCCCGUUCCGUAACUAAUUUCCAGUCUGCCCAUGAUACGGAUGUCUCCUUGACAACAGAUGUGUAUUUCGAUGAGAACAUGGAACCGAUCCAUGACCUUAACUCUGACUCUGUAUGGAACUUCCAUGUUUGGAAUGAUUGCUGGAUGGCCCGUCCAGAUUUGCCACCUGGUAUGGGUGGCUGGCAGGCCGUGGAUUCCACGCCCCAGGAAACCAGUCAUGGGACGUUCCGCUGCGGCCCGGCAUCACUGGCCGCUAUACGCUCUGGACAGGUCUAUUUGAAAUACGACGCACCUUUUGUCUUCGCUGAGGUGAACAGUGAUAAGAUUUACUGGCAGAGGAACCUCGAUGGCACCUUCAGUCAAAUCCACAGUGAGAAGAAAGCCGUCGGCCACUGCAUCAGCACUAAAGCUGUUGGCUCUGAUGAGCGUGUGGACAUCACAAACGUUUACAAAUAUCCUGAAGACUCUGAGGAGGAGCGUAUCGCAGUAGAGACGGCCUGUCGCUAUGGCAGUAAACCCGACAUCUACUCCAGUCCCAUUGCUGAGGACGUGCAGGUGGAGGUGAGGAUGGAGGGAGAAGGUCCACGCAUGGGAGGAGACGCUCAGCUGAAGAUCGUGGUAAAGAACACGAGCUCUCAGCCCCGCAGAACCACCCUUCACAGCCAGGUGGCAGUCAUGUACUACACCGGCGUGCUGAAGGGCACAGUGAAGAAGGACACGGUUAAUGUGGAGCUGAUGCCACAGGAAGAAAAGGUCAUUGACUGGAUCCUGCCUUACAUGCAGUAUCAGAAUCAGCUGGUGGACCAGGCCGCGCUCAUGAUGACCCUGUCUGGACGGGUCAGUGAGACCCAGCAGGUUUUGGCCAAUCAGACCAGCUUUAGGCUGCGAACACCUGAUCUCCUCAUUGAGCCUAUAGGAGAGGCGUAUGUGGGUAAGGAGACGUCCGCGAAGAUCACGUUCACAAAUCCUCUGCCCUGUACUCUGCGCAAUGUGGUGAUCCGAGUGGAAGGACUGGGGCUGAGAGACCUCCAUCCCAUCAUAGUGGGUGAUGUAGGCAAGCAUGCCAAUGUAACAGUGACGGAGCACUUUAUCCCGACGAUAGCCGGCCAGAGGAAGCUUGUGGCGUCUCUGGACUGCAAACAGCUCACGCAGGUGCAUGGCGUGGCCGACAUCAAUGUUCAAGAAAGCCAGUGAAUUCAGUCUGCUGUUAUGAACUGUAUCCCUUCACAGUGUGAUUUCAGUAUCAUCAGAUCCCAUAUUCAUAACUACCUGUUAAAGGGAUAGUUCACCCAAAAAUGAAAUUUUUGUCAUCAUUUACUCGCCCUCAAGUUGUUCCAAACUUGUAUGAGUUUCUUUCAUCUGUUGAACACAAAAGAAGAUAUUUUAAAGAAUGUAGGUAAUCAAAGAGUUGACAGUAGCCAUUGAUCUCCAUAGUAGGGGCUCGUCAACUGUCUGAUCACCAACAUUCUUCAAAAUAUCUUCUUUUGUGUUCAGCAGAAGAAAGAAAUUCAUACAGGUUUGGAACAACUUGAGGGUGAGUAAAUGAUGACAGAACUUUCAUUUUUGGGUAAACUAUCCCUUUAAAUGGGUUACACUGAGCCAUGUGGUUAUUUCUUUAAAGUUCUUCAAAAACAUCUUAAAGAAAUAAUCUUUUUCACACGCUAUUUUAUGAAAUACCUACUGUAUGUGCCUAAUUCUAUUUCAUUUAUUUCAUUUUACACAUUAUUUAUUUUAAAAAUGGUUUAUUGGUUAACAGUCCUAAAAAUGGUUUAUUGUUUGUUGGUUCAGUUUAGCUGAUCAAAUGUUUGUAGUAAGGCCUGGGAUAUUAUAUGAGUACCAUACCAUAUAUGAGUAUUAUUUUUUUUAAUGAAUGUUAAUCUAUAUAUAUAUAUAGUAGCCAAACACAUGUAGUUUCAUUUCCCUCUUCUCUGCUGCCUUAUAUUGAAUAUUGUUCACUAUAAUGACUGUUAUGAUUUCAUUUAAUGUGCCUUCAAGGAACUGAGUUAAUAUUGAAUUGCAUUGGUCUGAUGCAAAAUGCUGUUGUAUCUUCACUUAAUUUGCUACUGCAAAGACUGUAAACUAACACUAUUCCUGAACACUUAAACUAUGAAUACAUAAUGAAGUCACUUAUACUUCAUGACAUAUUAGAUUUUUAUGAAGGAUAUAAAAGUUUUAUGUAUGUUUGUAUUAUUUAUCUAUGUAAUGUAAUUCUCUUUUACUAUUUUAUUAACAGCAUAUUUUGUUCUCUGUAGUUGUUUUUGAACAUGUUUUGCCUGCCUUAACAAGAAAAGAUAUGUUUGAUUUGGAAAGAUGAAGUAAAACAGGGAGUGUUUGCAUUUGAACAUGUCAUCUGUCUUCUUGUCUUCUUAACCUGUUGAAAAGGUUUAUUAAACGAUCCAAUCACACCAAA